AAGCCGUUAGAGGGAUGGGCGUCUCCGGGGAAAGUGGCGGCUGAAGCCUGUGAUGCCACGCAGGCGCACUUGUGGCCUUCGGCUGUGGGCCUGGCCAGCUCCGCUCCAGAGAUUGUCCGCGCCUGAAGACUAGAGCUGAGCCACGCCCCUGGAGACCAACAGCCAAUAAAGGAGGGCUUCACUGGUUGCUAAUGGAAACCUCCGGCCACAACAUGGCGGCGGCCUCUAGCGAAGUGUCCCCCGGCUCCCGCCUGCAGCGUAGGGACCGGCGGGGACGGCCGCCGUCGGACGGUUAUGGUGUCUACAUCUACCCAAAUUCUUUCUUUCAAUAUGAAGGAGAAUGGAAAGGAGGGAAGAAACAUGGUCACGGGAAGCUGCUCUUUAAAGACGGAAGUUACUACGAGGGCGAGUUUGUGCACGGCGAGAUCACUGGAGAGGGCUGCCGCUACUGGGCUUCCUCAGGCAACACCUAUUCUGGACACUUCGUGUUGGGAGAGCCUCAGGGACAUGGCAUGAUGAAGUACAAAGCCGGUGGCUAUUACGAAGGGGAGCUAUCCCAUGGCAUGAGAGAAGGACUGGGGUGUCUGGUGGACCAGGACGGACAAACAUACAAGGGAUGGUUUCACAACCACCGGCGGCAUGGCCGUGGGCAGAUGACCUUCCAGAACGGUGACAAGUAUGAAGGUGACUGGGUUCGGGACCAGCGCCAGGGGCACGGGGUGCUCCACCAGGUGGACGGCUCCACUUAUGAGGUGGCUGGCCAUCUGUAUUCCUCAUCUACCUGCCAGUGCUGCUCCCUGCCCUUCUCUACUCUGUUCUCCAGCCAGGGACAGUGGCAUGGUGAUGUCUUCAGUGGCCUGGGCACCCUGACCCACUGCUCAGGAGUCACCUACCAUGGCCUGUGGGUGAACGGGCACCCAGUGGCGCAGGCCACAAGGAUGGUGAUUCUGGGGCCGGAAGUUCUUGCUGUGGCACCAGGCGCUGCCUUCACACUAAUGGUCCAGCUGCAGCAGGCCAAUGGAGCUGUGGCUGAGGGGGAGCAUGGGCGAAUGCUGCGGCUCUCUGCAGGCGUCAGAUACGUGCAGCUCCUGGCCCAUGCCCAGGUCAGUUUCUUCGCAGUAGACGAAACCCACCAGGAGGUACCCACGCAGACUCCCUUUGGGUUUGAGUGCAUCCCCUAUCCUCUGUGGAGCCCCACAUCUGGGAGUCUGGAGCCUGGAGCUGCCCUCAAAAGAGCCACCUCUCUCCCAUCCCUGGAUGACUUGGAGACAGCAUCUGUCACCUGGUGUGCUCAGGGCAACCCCAUCAGCAGCCUGCCUGCUGGAGGGCAGGAAUCCUACUGCCUGCAAUACUGUCAGCAGGCGCAACACGGCCAUGUCCAGUUUGAGGAUGUCCGCCUGGGACCCCCUCCACUGUGGUACCACCCCAUCCCAUUCUUCAGCACCCCCCAGCAGAAGACCUGUAACCAGCCCAGAGGGACAACAGGGGACGCAGUAGGAGGCAGCAGGCCUAGUAGCAUGAUGGCCUCCCCAGGGCUGGUGACAGCUGCACUCCCAGGAGAAUAUGUCAUCAUGGUGCAUGAUGUUACCACACCGCCAUUCCUGGGACACACGCUGCCCACUGCCUUCCAACAUCUGAGGGUCACAGCACAGGGGGGCCAGAGCCAGCCGUCCCAGCCCCCCAGGGGAGGCCCUGAGGCCCCAGGAAAAGGCCCUGAUACCUCUGGGAAAAGCUCUGAGCCCUUUGGAGAAGGCCCUGAUGUCCCCAGGUAGGGGGCCCACUGAGGAGUCCACCACUCUCUCCCAGGUUACCUCAUUCCUUCCCAUCAGCCUGAGAGGGCCUUGGGGGCGGCCCACAUCCCACAGUCUAUGGCCUUAAUAAAAUGUAGCACACUA